GUAAAGGUUGCAGCGAACAUCAGCAGUGCAUAUGACAGACAAAAGAAAAGAAAACCAAAGAGCAGCAGCAGCGUGCGGCGGCGGCCUCAUGGCUUGACCGGAAUCCAAUCUUAUUUUUCCAACGAAUAAAGCAUAUUCCGAUCUUCCACCAACAUUAUACAAAAGAAGUCAAUUGUCACAUCGAUGGCAGAUUUUCGAUCUCACUUGAUCUACUCCAGUAGUGCUUUUUCCGAGUUGAUGGUCGUCACUGGUAACACCAUCGUUUCCUCCAGCUUCUUUUUCCGGCAAACUCAACCCAUGAGGCAUAUCACUAUGUAAAUGGAUUUCAGUGUGUGUAUUUAUUUGUAUUUUGUUGAAAGACAAAUCCAUUAUUAAUGAAUUUAGAUUCAGUAGAAAGGCAAAAUGGAAAACCAAGAAAGAGAACAAGUCCCUCUUUUGACCCCUUACAAAAUGGGGCAUUUUCAACUUCAUCACAGGAUUGUUUUGACGCCGAUGACGAGGUUCAGAUCUUACAACAGUUUUCCUCAAUCACAUGCUACUUUAUAUUACUCUCAGAGAACUACUAAUGGUGGCCUUUUAAUUGCUGAAGCUACCGUGAUAUCGAGUGCUGCCCAAGGAUUUAAGGAUACUCCUAGUAUAUGGUCAAAGGAACAUAUUGAUGCCUGGAAACCCAUCGUAGAUGGUGUUCAUGCGAAAGGUGGAAUCUUCUUUUGUCAACUUUGGCAUCCUGGGAGGGCUUCAGAUCAAAGUUUUGAGCCAAAUAUAGGACGCCCUCCAGUCUCUUCAACAAAUAGACCAUGUAGUCCUUUUAUAGAUAGCAAUGGUAACAUCCUACUUGAAUUUAUACCCCCUCAAAGACUAAAACCUGAAGAGAUCACUGUAAUUGUUGAUGAUUUCAGGCUUGCAGCAAGAAACGCUAUGAAAGCCGGAUUUGAUGGAGUUGAAAUCCAUGGUGCAAAUGGUUACCUAAUUGACCAGUUUUUGAAAGAUCAAGUCAAUGAUCGAAAUGACCAGUAUGGGGGUUCAUUAGAGAACCGUUGCAAAUUUGCCCUUCAAGUAGUGGAAACCAUUGCAAAUGAGAUUGGACCGGACAGAGUUGGCAUUAGGCUUUCUCCAUUUUCAAAACACAUGGAUUCUGGAGAUUCAAACCCAAAAGCUUUAGGCCUUUACAUGGCUAAAUCACUAAACGAAUAUGGUAUUCUAUAUUGUCACAUGGUGGAGCCGAGAGCCAAAGAAACUGAAGAACAAAGUGAAUGGUCUGAUAGUUUGGUGCCCAUGAGGCGGGUCUUUAAUGGUACUUUUAUUGCUGCUGGUGGAUACAAUCGGGAAAAUGGUAACGCUGCUAUAGCUCAGGAUCAUGCGGAUCUUAUAGGCUAUGGUCGUAUGUUCUUGGCUAAUCCUGAUUUGCCUAAAAGAUUUGAGCUAAAUGCAGCCCUCAACCCCUACAACAGAGAUACGUUUUAUACUGGAGAUUCUAUUGUUGGUUACACUGAUUAUCCUUUUCUUGAGAUGACCAAUGCUAGCGACUUUGCAAGUGUUGUGAAAGAAGAGUCAAGUUUGAUCUCAGAUGAGCAAAGUAAUUCUUAACUAUUAAAUCUCUAUCUAAAUGUCUACUUCAAAAUAUAACAUGUUACUAUAUUAGGUUUUAGGUUUUAGGUUUUAGGUAAAAUAAAACAAGUAUUAAAGUAAAACAAAUAAAACAAUAGGUUUCUCUACUCUGAAGAUCACUGUGCAUCAUGAAAAUCAUUGUGCAUCAAUUGCUUCGUGAAUCAUCGUGUAUCAAUUUAUCUAUGAUCUAAAGGUCAAAAUCUUGUCUUAUUUGUUUUAUUUAAUACUUGUAUUACAAUACCCAUGUGUAAGUUAACUUGUAUUACAAUACCCAUGUAUCAAUUAUUUGUUUUAUCAAUUUAUAUACAUGUGUAAGUUAACUUACACAUGAUUUUUCUGUGGGCC